GGGAAUCUUCGUUGCUCGACACUGUCGACCACGUGACUAGAAGACGUAUGCGCGCGUUUUGACGUGCGCCGCAACAACACUGCAGAGCUGUGAGGAAGAAUAGUGUGCUUCUUCUUUCAAAUGGCUAUUCUUCAGUCAAACAGGGAGAGAAAACUCAAGCUUCAAGAUCUGAACUCGUUCAUUACAUGCGAACUUUGCAAUGGAUAUUUGAUCAAGCCGACGACGAUCACGGAGUGUCUUCACACAUUCUGCAGAUCGUGUAUCGUGAAGUACUUCCAAGAUAGCGGCGACAAUAAAUGCCCCAGUUGCUCAAUUCUCAUUCAUGAGACGAAUCCGUUUGAAAUGCUCAGGUCAGACAAAACAUUAGAGGAUGUUAUUCACAAGCUUAUUCCUAAGUUGCAAGAAAGUGAAUGCAAACGCGAAAGACAGUUUUGUGCGCAGCAUAAUGAUGGUACCGCAGUAAAAGCAAAAGAAAUUGUAGAUAGGAAGCUAUCUCAAGUACAUGAAACUGAAGAGCCUAUGGCUAAGCGAACAAAGCUAUCAGGAACCGAUGAAAACUUCCACCGCGAUGACCCACAGAUCGGAGUUUGCCUAGAAUGUCUCGGUGACGAUUCUGCUGAAGAACAGUGCGUAAAGAAACUAGUGCGUAAAUACAUCCGCUGUUCAUCAAGACUGACAAUAGCGCACGUCAAGAAAUUCUUAAAAAUGAAGCUCGAUCUCAAAACUGCUGAUCAGGUCGAGGUGAUGUGUAACGGGGAAAUCAUGGGUAAAGAUCACACCUUGGAGUUUGUGUACAUGACAAGGUGGAGAGUAAAGGAGGGAUCCGUCCUUAUUCUUCAGUACAGACCAAGAUUAGAUUUCUUUUAAACACACGCGAAAAUAGUACUUUAUGACGAAAAGCCUUAUAUAGUAUUUUUAAAUAUUACUUUUAAAGUAGGGUAUGUAAACUGUUCGAAAUUGUUUCUUCUCUCAGUAUCUUUAGCUUAUACGCCCUGCGCAAUGCGUUUCAAUUCUCUAUUUAACUCCUACUUAAAGCUCCAACUUACUCUAUCACAAACGAUGACAGUAAUAUCCAAAUAUGGUUUCAUAAAAUACCUUUGCCUGAUGACCUCAGCUGGUGUUGAUAAUGGAGUGAUUGCAUUUACAUUUGAAAGUGUUAAACACAUUUUAGGAACGGGAGACACAUGGAAACCGUAAUGGGGAUGACAUUUAUAAUAUUUUUGAAGAUCAUCCCGACAGUUACGACGACGCAUAGCUGAAAACUCGAGUACUUUAUUAAAACAACUUUAUAUUCUUAAAUUUUAGCAAAAUUUUUGUAAGUCAUAGAACACAAAAAAAGGAAAGAUUUGCAUUUUUAGUAAAAUCUGUUAAAUUUUUAAAGUAAUAAAAGUAUACAGGUUAGAUAUCUUUUAGAUAAAUAGUGAGAGAUAUCCAUCGUUCGUAGCUCUAGUUUGCCCCCUUAAAACAUUGUUUAAAAUUGUCACAUAGAGGAACAUUGCUAAAUAAUUAAAGGAAAAAACCUUUUGAAAU